AUGCAUCUACGUGUUCUCUUCCUCUCGUUGGCCCUUUUCGGAGCAGUUUGCUCUGCUGAUCGUGCAUCGAACUAUGCAGUUCAUCAAAUCAUGAAUAUCGUUGAGAAGUCGAUUCCAUCUAGAGAUACGACUGCAAUCCUUUAUCUUAUGGAUCCAUCAUUCAACUAUUCGAUGUGUGGUUAUGAAGGAAAUUUGAAUACUUUUAAAGGAUAUCUGGAGGUUCAAAUGAAUUCUCUUAUGGAUCUCAAGUUCUUGGUUGACUACGACAACUCGGAGAUCAAAUCGGAAGAUGACAUGGAGGUCCUCACAUUCCACGUGGAUACCCAAGCCCUCUAUAAUGAUCGUUCUCGUGUCGAAGGAGGUGCAGUGGUGACAGCAAUCAAGAAGAAGUAUCAACCGAUAUUCUAUCUAUCUCAUAUUCAUCAACAAUGCCGUGUUACUGCCAAGAGACAUCACCGUUUGUAUCGUCUGUUCACCAAUGAGAAUCUAUAUGAUUACAAGAAAUAA